AAUCACGACCAGCGCGCAGAAAUCUACACAACACUGAAUAAAGUCGCGGCCGUGCGGAGGAAAUACGGUAUUGACGACGGGCAGGCCAUGGAGAGCCUAGUGCAUUACAGCAGUCCCUCCCAUGCCCUCUCAGUGUUAGGGGUUCUGAACGAGCAGCGCCUGCGGGGCCAGAUGUGUGACGUAGUCCUGGUUGUGGCAGACCAGAGGUACCAGGCCCAUAAGAGUGUUCUGGCCGCCACCAGUGAGUAUUUCCAGUCCCUGUUCACACGGAUGGAUGCAGAGUCGCUGAGAGUUGUAAACCUGGACUUCUGUGAGCCGGACGCCUUCGAGAUAGUUCUGAAUUACAUUUACUCCUCCUCACUUUUUGUGGACAAAGGCAGCCUGGCAGCCAUUCAAGAGCUGGGCUACAGCCUUGGAAUCCCUUUCCUCACCAACAUUGUGUCAACAAGGCCACACGCAUCCUACUGCGUGUCUAGAAAAAGGCUUUCGUUCACAGAAGGGGAUGAGAAUGAUGUCCAGACAAGGAGCGUCAUUGUGUGUCGGGUUCGAAAUGACACAACCCAUUCCUCUCGCUCAAAUUAUCAGAGAAAAACACCAGAGAGAUCAUCAUCUCCCCACUCCACCCGAGAGUCAGCUCUGCCUCCAUCAGAACACAACUCAUAUGAAUCGGUCAGAGACUCUGAAUCCAUCAGCAGGAAAUCAUCGGAGCAGAGUGAAGCUGCCGAAAGAAAGCCCACCUAUCCAUACUCCUCCAUAUUAAAAGGGAAUUCAUCUCAUGUCACAUCUGUUAGGCCCCAGCUGACAUCAUCUGUGUCUUUCAGUGAUGCUGAAGUGCAGCACAUCAGGUUGCAGUCUGGCACUGACCAGGACGCUAAAGAGGAGAAUGAGGAGCUGGAGCCCCACUAUCGCACCAAAGUGCCCUUUCAGGGUCAGGCCACUGAGCCAAGCCAGACCAUUGACAGGAGCGGGCCGCUCAUAAAAAGCCUACUCCGAAGAUCAUUAUCCAUGGACAGCCCCGUUCCAGUCUUCUCGCCCACGCUGGAGCUCAAGGAGCUGCAAAAUCGUGAACAGUCAGUUGUUAAAAUGGCAUCCAAGGCAUCUGGGUCGGAAACAUCUGCUCACAAUGGCAAUUCGAAAAGAACAUCCCCCCUGGUUCUCAGGUCAAAGUACCCCAGCAGGUAUGAUGAAAAAACUCAGGUAGACAGAGAAGUCAGUGUGAAAGCUGAGCCCAGCAGUCCACUCGCUGAUCCCAUGGACAUUAUUCGAAUCACAGUUGGAGAUGCAUUGCCAGUCAAUCUUAAAGACUUGCAAACAAAUUACGACCAAGGUUCCAAGCCUGACUUUAGUCCUUUUGGGAAAAGAAAGGACAGGCCAGACAACAGAAGGUACCCGUUCAAGAAGAGCAAAAUAUUUAAAGAACAACCCCUCUCACUGGACGAGGACGUGUCAGAAACAGUACCUCAGAGUGCCAGCAGCGACUCUAAUGAAAACAGUGGGGAGCAGCCUCAGAACAAGAUUUUUAAAUGCUGGAACUGUUUAAAGGUUUUCAGGUCCAGCGCUGGACUGCAUCGUCAUGUAAAUAUGUAUCACAACCCUGAAAAGCCGUAUGCUUGCGACAUCUGCCACAAGCGCUUCCAUACCAACUUCAAAGUGUGGACUCACUGCCAAACUCAGCAUGGUGUAGUACAAAACCCAGCCUCGUCCUCCAGCUCCUCCGUACUGGAUGAGAAAUUUCAAAAGAAGUUGAUAGAUAUUGUGCGAGAGAGGGAGAUAAAGAAAGCCCUGCUGUGGAAGCUGAAGAGGAAUAAGCAGGGCCUGCAAUCUCCUGCACUCACCAAAAAGAGAUCAAGACCCAGCUUUAUAUGCCCUUACUGUGGGAAAGUAUUUGUAUUCCAGUCUCAGUACAGACAGCAUUUAAGGACACAUCCUGCUGAAAAGGCUGAUCAGGACACAGCGGAUGAAGGCAUCCUCUACCAGGAGCAGGAUGAGAACAUUCAACAAAAGAACGCAGACGCUGGUGUUUUCUCCUGUAGACUCUGUAAUAUGAAGCUGUCUUCACUUUUCGAGCAGGGCGACCAUGAGAGGGGCUGUCGACACGCAACUGUAUGCCCCUACUGCGGCCUCCGAUUCUCAAGUCCGACGGUCAAGAAGGACCAUGAGGCACAUUGUAAGUACAAGAAACUGACGUGCCUGGAGUGCAUGCGGACCUUCAAAUCUUCCUUCAGCAUAUGGCGCCACCAGGUGGAGGUCCACAACCACAACAUGAUGACAAUUAAAGACCAGAUUCACCUGAGGCAGCAAGAGAACAGUGAAGAGGCAUCUGAGAUGCUCGUUGACGAGCAUUACAAUGACGAGCCUCUAGCACCGGGAAGCUCAAGAGAGAACAUCGCUUACAGUGACUCCUCAGGUCCGCCCAUGUACGAUUCAGAAGACUCCUCAUCCUAUGUGCCUGAGGACCUGAGCAUGGGCCAUCACGGCAAGCUGGUAGUAAAAGAAGAGCCAUUAGAGGAGGCUGUGAGUGAAAUGGAAAACGCAGAGUCUGCCAAAUCUGGGCCUGAGGAACCCGGUGUGUGGCCAUGCGAGAAAUGCGGAAAUCUUUUCAGCUCUCGCAAAGACCUGGAACGCCACCAGGAGCUGCUAUGCCACAUCAAACCGUUCAUCUGUCACAUCUGCAACAAAGCCUUCAGGACCAACUUCCGCCUUUGGAGCCACUUCCAGUCCCACAUGUCGACUGCUAACGAACCUGGAGCCAAAGAGAUCGACAGACACCCCUCACCUCUGUCUCCCUCCCCUCCCACGACACCUCAAAACACUGACCGCCCCUCCCCGCAGGCCUCCGUGCUCAAAUCCACCCAGACGGCGCCAGUAGCCACAGCAAUGGCUGAGGAGUCCAGCAGCCCAGAGCCCUGUAGCUCAUCAGUAAGCAAGACGAAGAGGCCUGAACUCGAACGGCAAGCCAGCAGCCACAGCCCUCUGUCAAGGUCGAACAGCGUGGAGAACCCAGGUGGCCCUCAGGAAUCAGACACACUCUUUUACCAUGCACCAUCUCUCUCUGCCCUGACGUUUAAGAGGCAGUACAUGUGUAAACUCUGUCACAGGACCUUCAAGACGGCCUUUAGCCUCUGGAGCCACGAGCAGAGUCAUAGCCACGUGUAAGCAUCAGACAAGUUACAAAGUAGUGCAUUUCUCAUGAAAGACAAUAUUUAAUAUUAGAAUCAGACACCUCAGCCUAUGAAAGGAAGACUUUGAAUGUAUAGCUUAUUUGCUUGCCUCCAAUGUCAUAUAUAUUGAAGUGGCCAUGUUCAUUAGAGGUGUAAACGUGAAUGUGCAAUCAAGUGCUAGAUUCCUCUGUGAGACGAGAUGAUUAUAACUGGUUUAUUUUCCUUUCAAAAUGAGCUAUAAGCAUUUAUCUAUUUGAAACCUCUUUUAGUUGUCUACUUGUAUUAUCUAUCUUGGUGUUUGAGAAAACAAGGUACAGAGUUGCAGCCUCAUCUCUUCAGCUGUACCGUGUUUGACUUAAAGGUCCAGUGUGUAGGAUUUAGGGGGAUUUAUUGGCAGAUACGGAAUACAAUAAGUAUGUUUUCUGAAAAAUAAUGACAUAAUUGUUACCGUAGAAUGAGUGAUUAUAUCUACAUAGGGAGCGGGUCCUCAUCCACAGAGAUUGCUAUGUUUUUACGGUAGCUUAAAACAUAUAAACCAAACACUGGCUCUAGAUCAGGCCAUGUACGUUUUCACAUCGGCCACAGUAGUUAGCAGCCCCUCUAUGACGAGAGCAACAGAAAAACAGCUUUAUUCAGUGUUUUACCAAUUUCAAUCAACUAUCAAAUCAACUAUGAAAAGAAAAAAGGAGCACACAUCAGCAGGUGCUGGGCUAGCGACCGGUCUCUGACAUGCCAAACAGCAUUGUAAAAACACCGAUGUAUAACAGUAAACUGUUUUAUUCAGUUUUUACCGGUUUACAUUACUGGAUCCAUUUGUUUUGGAGAGGAAGAGUCCUCUGUGGAUAAUUCGGCUCCCACUAAAAUCCUCCUGAACACCUGGAUCAAAAAUAAGGUGAACACACAUUAGGUUAUCAGAGGAAAUAAGGUGAACACACAUUAGGUUAUCAGAGGAAAUAGGUGAGCACACAUUAGCAGGUGCUGGGCUAGUGGCCCGUCCCCACCAUGCCAAACAGCAUCAGAAAAACACUGAUUUGUGACGU